AAGAAGAAGAAGAAGAAGAAGAAGAAGAAGAAGAAGAAGAAGAAUGAGUCCUCCAAAAAAGAAACAGGGAGAAACUGAGGGACUCAAACAUCACCAGGAUCAGCUCUGUAACAAAUCCUUCACAACAGCUCUAAGUUUAAAGGUUCAUCAAUGCAUUCAUGCUGGAGAGAAACCGUACAGCUGUGAUCACUGUGGGAAGGCUUUCAGUAAGUCACAGAACCUGAGACGACAUCGACGUAUUCACACUGGAGAGAAACCGUACAGCUGUGACCAAUGUGGGAAGUCUUUCGUUCAGGGAGGGCAUCUGAGAUCACAUCAACGCAUUCACACUGGAGAGAAACCGUACAGCUGUGAUCAAUGUGGGAACAGUUUCACUAUGGCAGCCCACUUGAGUCGACAUCAACGUGUUCACAAUGGAGAGAAACCGUACGGCUGUGAUCAAUGUGGGAAGUUUUUCAGUCAGGUAGGGAGCCUGAGACAACAUCAACGCAUUCACACUGGAGAGAAACCGUACGGCUGUGACCAGUGCGGCAAAAGUUUUACACAUAGUGGUCACCUAAAUUCCCACCGGCGUGUUCACACUGGAGAGAAACCGUACAGCUGUGAAAAGUGUGGGAGUGCUUUCACUCAGUCACAGGACCUGAGAGCACAUCAACGGGUUCACACUGGAGAGAAACCGUUCUGGUGCGACCAAUGUGGGAAAGGAUUUUCUUACAGGAGAACCUUUAAGGUUCAUCAAGGCGUUCACACAACGUCUUCUUAAGCAUUUUUAGGGCCAACUAGCUGUUUGUUCAUGCCUCCUCUCCAUGUGCUGUGUUGUUAUAUUCUGAGCUUCUCUAUGAACUAAAGACUGACAAUCUGAGAAAUUAAAAAAACAUUAUUGUAAACAUGAUUUGAUUUCAUUCUGUUGUUGCUGUGAUCAUCUUGUUUUCUCUGUUCAGACCAAAUGUUUGACCCAAAGAGGCUUUGACUUUGAUUUCCAACUGUUAAUUCUUGGAUCAUUGUUUGCUGAUUUUUUGUUUCUGUCAUUCUCAGCAUCAACAUUAUUAUUAUUAUUAUUAUUAUUAAUAAUAAUUAUCUGACACCAAGUCCACACAGCCUGUUAUCAGUGGUCGGAUGUAACUUAUUACAUUUACUCAAAAAAUGUACCUCACCACAAUUUAAAGGUAGUUGUACUUAAAUGUGUAGGAUAUUUUCUAUUUUAGGUCACUUUAUACUUAUAAUCCAUUACAUUUUAAAAUUAAAUAUUGUACUUUAUAAUCCACUAUAUUUAAAUGACAGCUUUAAUAACUUUUCUGCUUGAGAUUUAACAUGAAAAAAAUGUUUAACGGUAUAAUUCUUACAGAUCUGGAUUUCAUUCUGUAUUAUGUAUUUAUUAUUUAGAAUUUUUAUUUUAUUUCAAUGUGUUUUGUAUUUGGUUUCCUGUAUUUUAAAUCUUGCCAUAUAUAUUGUUGGGGAUGGAUUAA